AUGGCCAAUAAUUUGGACGAGGAGUUGGACGACAUCAUAGCAGAAAGGAGAAAUGAAGUCUCUAAAUUGAGAUCUAAAUUUAAAAAUAGGAUUCCAAUCGUUUGUGUGCCAUCACAUAAUUCUACAUUUAAAUUAGAGAGAUCGAAAUUUUUGGUGCCCAUGAACAUGAUGUAUGGCGAAUUUAAAUACAUAUUCCAAAAACACUUAACUUGUCAAUAUAUGGACGACCCAAAAUUUUACGGGAAGAACGCAACAAUCUAUCUUUAUGUAAAUAAUAAAAUACCCAAAAUAUCCACCGUCUUGGGUGACUUAUUUAGAAAGCACAAAUCGGAAGAUGGAAUUAUGUACAUGGUGUAUUCCAGCGAAAAUACUUUAGGAUGA